AUGCAUCAGUCAGCCGCGGCCGGCAAGAGCGGCAGAUACGGUCGGUCCCCCUCCGGUUCCCGCGACUCCCCGCUUGCGCCCUCCCGCUCCGACCAGCCCAGCUGGCGCUCCGCCGCCGCCGCUCCUCCCCCGCCCGCGGGGCCAGGAGCGGCGGGAGCAGGCGGAGGGGGAAGCACAGGAUGGGGGGACAGCGCGGACGGCGGUAGAUCUGCGGGCGGCGCAGCUCCGGGGGGAGCGUGGGCGCGGGGCGGACCGGGGAAGAGCGACAACGCCUGGGGAAGGGGAGAUGGCCCUGGUGGGGCUGGCGGAGCCCGCGGGGGACCUGGCGGAAACCCGUGGCACACGGGCGGGGGCGGGGUGGGUGUGCUGACUGGCGCGUGGCAGCAGCCGCUGCAACACCUGCAGCAGCCACCGCCGCCGCCGCUGGACCAGGCGCAAGCGGGGAAGGGCGCGAGAAAAGGGGACGGCGCGGGCGCGCUUGGCGGAGGGGGGGAUAGCGCGAAUGGGGGGAGCGCGAACGGGGGGAGCGCGGGAGAUGCGAGCGUGGGGGCAGCGCGCGCGGGGGGCCGGGAGUGGAUGGUGGCUGUGAGCGCGUGCCUGAUCGGGCACGCGGUGGAGGUACAACUGGUGCAGGGCGACUCGUACUCAGGCAUAUUCCACGCUGCUAACGAGGAGGACUUUGGCGUGGUGCUCAGGAUGGCGCGGCUGGUGCGGCAGGGAACAGGCCCGCAGAGCACAGAGACGCCUGCAGUCAGGGAAGCUGCCAGGAAGCCUCCGGUGAAGACGUUGGUGGUGCCUGCAGCCGACCUCGUGCAGCUGAUCGCCAAGGACGUGCCUCUGUUUGGGUCGGACCUGCUCGCCUCGUCUGUUGCAGCCAACGGGGAGAUCAGAACGGACAGCAGCAUCGGCAGCAUGCUCACCAGCGCUCGUGGCUCGUGGGGGGGCGCCGGAGGGGGCGCUGGGGGGGAGGGGCGCGAGCUGCAGCGGUGGGCGCCGGAGGGAGGGGAGCAGGGGAUGGGGCUGGACGAGGACAGCUUCCGAAGCAGCUCCAGGGCGUGGGACCAGUUUGAGGCGAAUCGCAAGCUGUUUGGCGUGGAGACAUCGUUCGACGAAGCCAUCUACACGACUCCGCUGGUGCGGCCGUCCCGGGAGCUGCAGGCGCAUGCUGAACGGAUCGCACGGGAGAUUGAGUCGCAGCCGAGCAGGAACAUGCACACUGCUGAGGUGAGGAGGGAAGGUGGUGGGGCUGUGGGAGCGAGGCUUCCACCUGCGCACAGCAGCCCGCACGCUGGCCUCGGCAGUCAAGGCCGCCCUCUCAUUUCCCUCCUCUCCUCUCCCGUUCCUCUCCCUCUCAUCUCCCUCUCAUUUCCCUCCUCCCUCUCCCGUUCCUCUCCUCUCCCGCUCCUCUCCCUCUCUCAUCUCCCUCUCCUUUCCCUCUCACCUCCUUUCAUCUUCGCCUCCUUACAACCCCACCAUCAGGAGCGGGGCUUCCACCUGCGCAAUGCAGCCCGCACGUUGGCAUCGGCAGUCAAGGCCGCCCUCUCCUCGGAUGACCCAUCUGCUGUUGGGGGCCUGGGCGGCAGUGCGGACAGUGCGUGGGACGAUGAUGAUGACGACAUGGACGAGGAGACCAAGUACUCUUCGGUCAUUCGCUCCACCGCUGAUCUGGACAGUGGAAUGGACGACGAGGUGGAUGAUGCCAACGAUGAGACCUUCGGUGAUGCCGCCCCCACCACCGUGCAUGGCACUCCCCAGGCGCCCCCCUUGCUGCCUACUCCAGGUGUUUCGUCUGAAUCCGCUGCCAAAAGCGCUCCAGGCGAAAGCCAGAAACAGACAGAAGUUGCCGCCCUAGAAGCUGCAGGCGAGGGCGAGAAACGGACGGAAUCUGCCGCCCAAACGACUGCGGGUGGCAGCGGUGACAAAACGGAGAGGGGAGAGAAGGUGAAGCAGGGGAGUAGUGGAACCGAGGAAACGAAAGAGGAAGGGGCGAAGGGAGCAGCAGGGGAGAGUAAGGAGGGCGAGAAAGACGGAAAGGAAGGGAAGAAAGGGAAGGAGGGGAAGGAGGCGAGGGAGGGGAAGGUGGCAGUGGGGGCGUCACGAUCAUCAUCAGCAUCAUCCACCUCGUCUGCCAGCGGUGCCAGUGGUGCUCUCUCCGCCUCUGACCUGCCCUCCAUCCCCUCCCACCCGCGCCUGCGCAUGCACCCCCGUCGCCUCGUCAAGGCGGCAUCAGGGGGGCUAUUCCAGGUGCACGGCAGCCCAUCCCGUCGCUCGCCCCUCAUGUCGCCGUUGCUCACAGACGCCCCCGCCAACCUGCAGGCGCUCAACCUCGACCAGAGCGUGCCGCACCUGUCUGAUGAUGUGUACCGUGAGUUCCAGGAGUUCAAGCAGAGGAGCCGGCGCAUACGCGACGAGGCCGAGGGGGUGCGCUCAUGUAGCGAUCUGCUGGGCAACGUGGGGGGCUGGGGAGAGAGAGGGGGGAGGGAAGGGGGAGAAUGUGCGGACACCACUAUAUCAAGUCGCUCCUCUGGCCGCAACAUCCCCACCUAUCUCAAGAGCUCCCACUCUUCCCCGGACCUGAAGCCCUUCCUAGCCUCUGCAGCCUCGGCACUCCUCCGUUCCUCCUCUUCUGUGCUGCCUACUUGCCUCUGCUUCUUCCAUCCUCUUGUCCCUUCCCCCCCAUCCCCCUUGCAGGUCGUUCCUCUGGUCGCAACACCCCCACCCACCUACCUCGAGAGCUCCCACUCCUCCCCGGACCUCAAGCCCUUCCUAAACUCUACUCCCUUCCCUGCCGCCUCGCCUCUGCUUCCUCCAUCCUCUUAUCCCUUCCCCUCUCUCCCCCCUGCAGGUCGCUCCUCUGGUCGCAACACCCCCACCUAUCUCGAGAGCUCCCACUCCUCCCCGGACCUGAAGCCCUUCCUAGCCUCUGCAGCCUCGGCGCUCCUCCGAUCCUCCUCCUCCGCCGCUGUCUCCUCCGCUGCCGCUCCCGCCACGUCAUACCGCUCCCCGUCGCCAUCCAACCUGGCGCGCUCGAACUCGCAUUCCGUGGACGCUCCUGCCACGUCAGCGCCGGCUGCCACCUCAGCAGCCAAAGCUCCGGCACCGAAACCGGCUUCUGCCGAAGCAUCAGCGGCGGCAGCAGCGGCGCCAGGCGCAGCAGAUGGUGGGGUGGGGACAGGAGGAGCUGAAAGUGGUGAAACAGCAGCAGACGUGCCUAGCGGUGGUGGUGGGGUUGGGGCAGCAGGAGGAACGGCAGGGGAGGUGGCAGAGGGUGUGGAAGGAGCAGCAGGCAGCAGCAAUGCUCCUGCUGCUACUGCAAGUGGUGCUCCUGCUGCUGUGAAGAAAUCCACCCUCAAUCCAAACGCCAAGGAGUUCAAGUUCAACCCCAACGCCAAGGUUUUUACACCCACCUUCUCCAUGCCCGCUUCCGCGCCCCUCCCUCUCCCCCCGCCCUUCAUCCCCGCCUACCCCUCCGCCCUCCCCCCCCAACCCCGCCCAGACCACCCCUUCCCCUUCCAACCCCUCCCUGGCGCACCCCCUUCCGCCCCUGGCGCCCCCAUCCCCUUCCCCGCCCCCCUCUACCUCCCCACCCCUCUCCCUCCCCCCUCCCCCGCCCUGUCUUCCCCCAUUCCCCCCGCCAACGCCCCUGGCGCCCCCACCCCUCCUGCUUCCGCGCUCCCCCUCCCCCUACCCUCCCCUGGGUCCGUUCCCCCUGUGGGACAAGCCGGGGCGGCAGGGCUUAUUCCUAUCCCUGUUUCGGUGCCAGGUGGCAUGCCUCCAUUGGCUGUGGCUCCCCAGCCAUUGUACAUGCCGCCCCAGCAGCAGCAACAGCAGCAGCAGGCAUUGUUCUCUCAGCAAGGAUUCACGGGAGGGGGUAGCGGGGGGAAGGAAGGGGGAAAGCAAGGGGAAGGCGGGAGUGAUGGUGGGGAGUUUGGGGGGGGUGGUGGAGGGGCAGGGGGGAUGCAGGGGCAAGGGAUGCUGCUGCCCGGUAUGCCGCCCGGCAUGCCCCCUCCCAUGCGUCCCUACCUCCCUGCGCCUCACGGCGCCGGCCAGCCCAUGCCUGGAGGCGGCAUGGCGGGCGGCAUGGGCGGCAUGCCAAUGAUGUUCAGCCCGCAGGGGUUUCCCCAGCCCAUGAUGUACGGGCAGCACGGCCAGCUCAUGUACAUGCCCAUGCCUCAGAUGAUGCCUGCUCCUAUGAUGAUGGCAUCUCAGCAGCAACAGGACCAGUCACAGCAACAGCAGCAGCAGCAAGACGGCUCACAGCAAGCAAGCAUAGACCAGCAGCAAGGGCAACAGCAGCAACAAGACGCAGGGCAACAGCAACAGCAACAGCAGCCGCAGCAGCAUGGAGCACCAUUGACGGGAAUGGCAGCACAGCACAAGGGUCCCCCUCAGAUGUAUCCCAUGGGGAUGCCACGAGGCCCUGUGAUGCUGCCGCCCCCACACUUCUUCCACCGCCCGCCCAUGGUUCCCAUGCACGGCAUGCCGCCCGGCCACAUGCCCAUGCCGCCCCACCAAGGCCCGUCACCUCCGGUUAUGAACAGCAGCCCCCAGCCACCUGCCGCCAUGCCCCCUGCGCGCUAA